AUGGUGUUUAAGAGUUUCCAUCUCGCGCGCCAGAGUCUUGCCAAGGGCUUUACUCACGGUUAUGCUCAAUCAGUAGUUGCUGGUGUAAGCCAGAACAAUCCCCUCGCCUCCCUUCAACACGACCGCUUCCGCAAGGGUCUCAAGAACCAACAUGCCUUCACCUCGACAUCGUCUACAACGAGCGCGCUCAAGGCGCUCGCCGCCGGACAACACGAUCACCAGGAUUCCGGUCUAGCCGCAUACUACACAGCAUGGCAGAAACACCAACAGAAGACGGAGGACAAGGAGUGGUCGCAGUUCCAAUUCCGCAAGCUCAUCGAGUGGGACCCGGCCAGCUCCAAGGCUGCGGCUGAGGCCAAGGAGAGCAGUGUUGCAAUUGAAGAGGUGGCAGAACCGGUUCCCGCGCGUGCCGGUGUCAACCGCGCAUACAGCACCAGCCAAGUAGAGGACUUCAAGAAGGCUGUCGGUGGUGAAGAGGCGGAGAAGAUUGCGCUGGCACAAGUGGACGAGGCAAUUGCACAAGAGGUGGCACGGUACAAGGUCGAUAGCGAAGUUGCCCAGGCCAUUGAGGAAGAGCUUUCGCCAAUAGAAGAGGCCCGUUCAGAGUCGCCCGCCACUGUUGCGGACACUCUUGUGAACUCGUCAAUUCUGAGCCGCACCGAGUCCACCAUCGCCACUAGCCCAAUCGAAGCGCACGACGAAUAUACCGUACAGCUGCAGAAGCUGGCAAUCAACCGCAACUAUGCCGAAGUACCCGCUGUCUUCGAGGCUAUGCUUCGUUCUGACGUCAAGCCAUCAGCCACCGCAUACAAUGCCCUGCUAUCUGCUGCGAUCCAUCUCCCCCGCGCCCAGCAUCAGGUCGUUCCCAAGGCCCUGGAUGUCUACUCUGAUAUGCUUCGCCGGCGUGUUGUGCCUGACACUGCUACGUACACCACCCUGAUCGAACUCCUAUCCGUCCGCUCCCUCGAAGUUGUGUCUCAGAAGCAAAGCUUCGAAGACAGGCGUCUGCGAUAUGGAGGUAUGGAAGAGGAGGGCAGCUUCAUGCUUCAGUCGCACGAGACUGACUAUGCUAUCCUCGCUGAGGACGGGUCGCUCUCAGUAGCCAUCAAGCUUUUCGACGCUGCCGUCCACGUUGAGGCCAACCGAACAUUCUCCGAAAAGACCUACCGGCUGCUCGUCACAGCCUGCGCGGAGAGCGACCGUGUAGAUGACAUGGUACGAAUCUACUCCCAUAUGGAAUCCCACAGUGUGACUCCGGCUGCCGAGAUGUUCGUUCCAAUGAUCCAAGCUUUCGGCAAGUCUGGCGAUCUAAAGAGUGCGGUCGAGUGCUACGACGAGUACAAAGCUCUGGCCAUUUCAAACGACAACGGCGAGCUCGAGAUUACUAGGAGAGACAACGACGUGUAUGCCGCUCUUGUAAAGGCGUAUACGGUAUGUGGCCGCAUUGAGGGAGCUGAGAAGUUCCUGUCCAAGAUCGAGAGUGCGCUCGCCACACCAGAAGACGUCACUUCCGUCCGCGACAUUGUCGGUCUCAAGGCCUUCCUUCCCGAAUGGCUCAGGAAUGGUUCUUUCGACCAAGCCUACGUGCACGCAACGGAGUACCUUAGCCCACAGGCGCGUCAGAUCGCUAUGGCCGCUAUUUGCAUCAAGGCUGCGGAUCGCGAUGCUGUAGAGAUUGCUACUCAGGCUUUCGAUGAUCUUCCAGCUGAGGUCGACCUGUCACGGCCAGCCAUGGCGAUGGGUGCUAUGCAUAUCCGCACUGGAAACAUCGAAGCUGCUGAGGUUUUCUGGAGGAUGCUCGAGCUUUCUCCCACCAAGGCCGACUUCAUCGAGCCCACUGCCAUGCACAGUAUUGCAUUAAUUGGUAGUGGACACGCAGAACGCGGUCUUCGUCAAGGUCGUCAAAUGUUUGCUCGCAUACGGGACUCUCAGUCUGGCUCUAACCAAGCUAAGAUGGAGACCGUAGAGCACAUCGACGAGGCUAUCGAGGUUAUGGGUCAGUUCAUGAUGAAGCGUGGUAUCUUCCUUCCGCCGCGGGCUAGCAUGGAACUGAUGUGGACGAUGAUUGAAAACGGCGGCCUAGUCACCCCAGUUGCUCACCACCUACUUGCUGGAAUGGGACCUGAGGCCAUCGUACAACUCAACUUCGACGACAUCACGCUUCUAAUGCAAGUUCAAUCUGGAAUUCUACUCCAGGAGGCCGAAGUUGACGUUGCUCACGUUGCACGGUUCGCCCAUCUUCUUGAAGUCAUCGCCGCAAAUGGCACACCAGUCAACAAGACAACUUCCGGUCUUGUUGAACAAGUGCUCACCAAGCUCGACAGGGGUGAUCUCCAGCACCGAUGGUACGCCUUCAAGCAUCCCGCUCCGGAGGCUUUGUACUCACCAGCACCAUUCGCCGCCUACCCUGUCCAAGCCCCUAUCACCCCGUCAGCUCCUACGUUCGAGGAUCAAUACGACCCUUACGCCGCAUCUACCGACAACAAGGGCUCUGUUGCCAUCACCGAACUUCUGGAAAAGACUCACGGACGAUCAUCGUCUCACCUCAACGAGGCUUUGAUGAAGUUCAGGAACAUGCGCCGAGCUGGCCGCCACCCUCGAUUCUUCACCUACGCUAAGCUUAUCACUGCCGCUGCCAAGGAAGACCGCCUGACCCUUGCCCAUGAUAUCCUCAACCUCGCCAAGCAGGACGUUCCCCUCCUACCUCAGUACCGUAUUGUGCGAUAUGGCUGGGUAACGAUCCUGGACGCCAUGGUCGCUGCUUGCCUUACCUGCAACCAGCGUGAUCUUGCGGGAAGAUAUCACCAGGAUCUGCUUGAGAUGGGUGCUGCGCCAACAGCCAACACCUUUGGUCUCUACAUCACCACGCUCAAGGAGUCGACCAAGACCUUCGAUGAAGCGACUGAGGCAGUCAAGAUCUUCCUCCGUGCCAAGUCUGAGGGUGUUGAGCCUUCUUCCUUCUUGUACAACGCUCUGAUUGGCAAGCUUGGAAAGGCCCGACGCAUCGACGACUGCCUAUUCUACUUCUCUGAGAUGCGCAACCUCGGCAUUCGCCCUACUUCUGUCACCUACGGUACCAUUGUCAACGCUCUUUGCCGUGUUAGCGACGAGAAGUUCGCUGAGGAGCUGUUCGAAGAGAUGGAGAGCAUGCCUAACUACAAGCCCCGCCCCGCGCCCUACCACAGUAUGAUGCAGUUCUUCCUGACUACCAAGCGUGAUCGCAGCAAGGUUCUCAACUACUACGAGCGUAUGCGUGCUAAGCGCAUCGAGCCUACCACGCACACGUACAAGCUCCUCAUCGACACCUACGCUACCCUUGAGCCUGUCGAUAUGGAGGCCGCGGAGUCGGUUCUCGAGCAAGUUCGCAGCGCCGGUGCUGUCCCUGAAGCCGUCCACUACUCAUCGCUGAUCCACGCCAAGGGUUGCGUCAUGCACGACAUGGAGGGUGCUCGUCGUCUCUUUGACACUGUCCUCGCCGACAGCCGUGUUCGUCCCCAGGCCUGCCUCUACCAGGCAUUGUUCGAGGCCAUGGUCGCCAACCACCAGAUCGCGGAUACAGAGGAUGUUCUCCGUGACAUGCGUGCCCGUGGCGUCGAGAUGACUCCUUACAUCGCCAACUCUCUCAUCCACGGCUGGGCCCUUGCUCAUGACAUCCAGAAGGCCAAGGCUAUCUACGAGUCCGUCUCCGAGAGCAGGCGCGAGCCCAGCACCUACGAGGCCAUGACCCGCGCUUACAUGGCCGUCGAGGACCGCGCUGCCGCUAUGACAGUCGUCAACGAGGGCCUGUCUCGUGGCUACCCCGCGGCUGUCGCUGGCAAGAUCCUUGAGCUGGUCGGUGGCGGUCGUGCCCCCGUGUCUGAGGUCACCGCUUAA